UUUUGAAAUUAAAAAAAACAACUUAGUUUGCAUAAUACAUACAAUACUCCAAACCCGCAGCCUUUUCCUUGUUUAAUCAAUCAUCUUUGGUGGUAGCCAUGGCUUUAUAGAUCACAAUCAUCCACCGUUACCCCCCUAAUCCCCCUUUCCAUUCCUCAUAUUUACGCCCCCAACCUGAAUUCUCCUUUCCCUUACUCUUUUCGUAAUUUCCUGAAAAUUUUAUGGCAAAAGGUAACGUACUUUCCCAAUUUUUAAGCCCACGACCAAAGCAUAAACCAUGAAACCCUCCCCGAAUCCCAUCCAGGCUCCAGCCAUAAUUUGGAGGAAUAUCAGCUAAAUAUUUUUAAAAAAAUUUCCUAUAAAUUCAAAACCCCCUAAGACUCCAAUCUUCGGUGUCUGCUCAAAAAGGUUUUUUUUUUUUUUUUUUUCAAUCCAAAUUUCAAAUUAGGGUUUUGAGGAAAAACAAUGAAAGCUUCAUUGAAAUUUCGUGAAGAGAAAAGGCCAGUAUUGAGAGCGAAAAUACCUCUAAACAUUUUAGGCUUGCCGUUUCAAUCAGGAAUCGUCGCCGGCGAAUCCAAGGAGCUAACAUUAAAUCUUUCUACUUUCUUUGAAUCUGGACCCUCCAUCAAGUUCGCUUACCGUCCAAAUGAUCCCUGGAACCCUUUCUCUCUUAUCGUCAAGACCGGAACCGGACCCUUCGGUUCACCCAUCUCUAGCUCUAUGCUUAUGAGCGCUGAGUUUAACCUUCUUGGCCGUGGAAACCCUAGCUUUAGGCUUCACUUCAAGCCUCAGUUUGGGAAUUUCUCGAUCAAGAAGUCAGAGUCUUCGGUUUUUGAUAAAGUCGUGAAGCCGAGGAAUAGCGCCGUUUUGGAGGAUGAUUCGUCGGUUGAGGUGGUGGAUUCGCCGCCGUUAAACGGCGGCUCAGCCGGUUUCUUUGCCGAGAAGAGGAAACUCGAGGCUUUGAGUUCGGGAGAUAUCGCGGGGAUUCUGUCCGGAAUGGAGGUAGCGGCGAGGACGGCGGUGCCUGUGAAGGGAAAGGCAAUGGUGAAAUUCCGGUGGGGAAUGAGGAUUCCGUCGGAGAUGAAGAGUGGCGUCAGUGGAACCGGUGAUCCAACGGCUGGGAAUUCGUUUAGGAAGAUUCCGUUUUUGGUGAUGGAUAAGAUCGGGAUCGAACACGUGGACAGUUCUGAUUCGAAGCAGGCUAUAUCGACAGCCAGCAAGGCGGGUCCAGAGGUGGAUACGAAUGCGGAGGUGGCGGAAGCUUGUUACACAGUUAAGCGUCAGCUGGAAGCUUUGCAAGCUGAGAAUGGGUUAUUGAAGAGAGCCGUGGAGGAUCUCAGGCGAGAAAUCUCCGGCGGGAAAUUCGGGGAUUUGAAUCAAGGGAAAUAUAGAGAAAUUGAAAGAAAUGGCAUUAAUAAAUCAAAAAUGGAGAGAAGACACGGUGAGAAGAAAUCGAUGGAGGCGGAUGUGAAUGAAGAAUUGAAGAAGAAACUGAAGGGAGCCACUGGUGCUUGAAUUCGUCGAAAUUAAAUGUAAGCUUUGGUUAGUGUUUUUACUGAGCCUUUGUGCUUGGAUUAGUUAAUUAUACGGACAAUAUAAUCAAUUUUGUGAGUUUUGUUUAGAAUAUAAUAUGAAAUUUGCUAGUAUUAAAUCUGUGGGUGGUUAGUGAAUAAUUCAAUUGUAAAUUUCUUAAUGGAUUGGUUUAUUUGGUUCCUCCAGCCCUUAGCCAAAGAUCAAAAGCAAAAAUGAGUGAACUCCUUUAUUGUUUACGUGAAGCUUAGACCUCAGGGUAUAUCCGGAAAGACAAUGGACAAAGAUGGACCCACAAGUAAGGACAUAAAUGAUAUAUUAGUAUUCGUAAGUUACUCGAUCUCGAUUCGAAUAAAAUUUAAAUUCGAUUCGAUUAUUAUCGAGUCGAACUCGAAUUCGAGUAACUCGAUUUAUCGAUCGAGCUGAGUUCGAGUAUUCUUAUAUCCGAUUUGAAUAAUUCGUGAGCUUAAUCGAGUUUUUAUAUUUAAAUAUGUUUUAUUAUUUUAAUUAAUAAAAUAUUUCGAAUUCGAGUUUGAGUUUAAGCACAAAUAAUCGAGUUCUUGUCGAAUAUAAAAAUCGAGUUUAUUUUUACAUAUUAAUCAAGUUUAAUCAAGCGAGUUCGAGUAGUUUGAUUUCGAUCACGAAUCGAGCUGGAGCUUGAAAAAUGAAACUCAAUCGAAUUUGAAUCAAGUAUCGAGUCGCGAGUUAAGAGUUGAGCUCGAAUUCGAGUUUCUCACUAUAUCAAUCAGAUUCGAUUCGAUUACAUUCCUAUGCACAAAUCAAAAUAUAUAAGAUUUGAAAAUAGAGCAACAACGAAAAAUAAAGAUAGAUUACCCUUCACUGAACGUUUGUUUAGACCUUCGAAUUUAUAAAUAAGCAUUGGGAGAUCAUUAUAAAACAAUAAGGACAAUGCUGAAUUGACGUGACAUUAAAUAUAUGAG